AUAGAAAACAAAAUUUUUACACUUUCGCGCUCUUUCAACCAUAGACAAUUUAUAUUCACAUUCACAACAAAUUGGUUUUUUCUCCCCUCAUCCCGAGGUAGAUAUCGUCCCGUCAAGCGUGGCUAAUCAAGGUACGAAAAGAAAAAUGAGCAGUUCGGAGGAGGUAUCAUGGAUUUCAUGGUUCUGUGGUUUACGGGGGAACGAGUAUUUCUGCGAGGUGGAUGAAGAUUACAUAAAUGAUAAAUUUAACUUGACGGGUUUAAAUGAGCAAGUCCCACACUACAGACAAGCACUUGAUAUGGUCCUAGACUUAGAGCCUGAUGAUGACCUCGACGACAAUCCAAACCAAUCAGACUUAGUAGAGCAAGCCGCGGAAGUGCUCUAUGGCUUAAUUCAUGCUCGGUAUAUUUUAACAAACAGAGGUAUUGGACAGAUGGUCGAGAAGUUCCAAAGCGGUGACUUUGGUCAUUGCCCGCGUGUUUACUGCGAGUGUCAAGCCACACUUCCGAUAGGUCUCUCUGAUGUUCCGGGCGAGGCGAUGGUGAAGCUCUACUGUCCUCGCUGUAUGGACGUGUACACGCCCAAGUCCUCGCGCCACCACCACACGGACGGAGCCUUCUUCGGCACCGGUUUCCCUCACAUGUUGUUCAUGGUGCACCCGGAGACCAGGCCCAAGCGCCCCGCAUCACAGUUUGUGCCUAGAUUGUACGGAUUCAAGAUCCAUCCAAUGGCUUACCAGCUCCAACAGCAGGCCGCGGUGAACUUCAAAGCUCCGCUCCGCUUGGUGUCGUUCAAUAACGAGACGAAGACAUCGAGUAACAUUCCAAAAUGAUUGUAGACCAUCUCCACCUCCAGCUCAUCGUGAGAAGAACUCCACAGCUUGCGACCCGAGCAUGCCCAUAUAUAUUAUUUAUCUAGAGUUAAACAUAAUCCUUACUAUUUAAAUAAAUGUUGUGUUUUAAAUUCAAUAAAGUUUAUUUUUACGUUUUCUGUACAA